AUGAGAUCUACUCCAACACUUACCGUCCGGGUACUGACCCAUAAUAUCCGCUAUGCAACCAACUCUCCAUUCAAGGGAGAACGGCCUUGGGCUGAACGAAGACAAAAUCUUCUGAAUGAGCUAGAGUACCACUCCCGUCAUUGUGAUGAAACAUUCAUAUGUUUGCAAGAAGUACUCCAUAACCAACUUGAGGACAUUCGUGCCGGAUUGAACCCAUCUAAUGCUACUUUGAACCAAGGGUGGGCGUACAUUGGUGUUGGUCGGGACGAUGGCCAUCAAGCGGGUGAAUACUCACCAAUCUUCUAUCAGCCAUCGGUGUGGGCCUUACAAUCUUGGGAGACGGUAUGGCUCUCCAAGACUCCCUCCAAGCCCUCGAAAAGCUGGGAUGCAGCCUCCGUCCGCAUUGUCACCAUUGGCCUCUUCACUCAUCAUAAAACAGGCAAUGCUGUCCUAGCCCUUAACACACACCUCGAUGAUCAAGGAUCGCGUUCCAGACUUGAGGCUGCACGCAUCAUCUUAUGCAGAAUUCAUGAUUACCAGCAGGGUCGAUUUGGGGGUCUGAUCUCGGGCACAUUCUUAUCCGGAGACUUGAACAGCAAGGAAAAGCAGGAAGCAUACCUGGAGCUGACAGACAAGGGCGGCCUGAGCGACGCCUAUAAAUUGGUUCCCGACACGCGUCGGUAUGGGAACCACAACACCUUCACUGGGUUUGGACAUGGCAAGGAGCCACCAAAGCGUAUUGAUUUUAUUUUGCUGGCACGCGACGGGAACCAGCCCUGGAGAGUUGAUGGGUAUUCAGUGAUACCAAACCGGUUCGACGAUGAAAUAUAUAAUUCAGAUCAUUGCGCGGUGGUUGCCGACCUCACAUUGGUUGGCUAG